GGUUUUAGUUUUUUGAGGUUAUGUAUGUAUGAAGUGAAGUUAUUAUGGAAAUAAAAAUUGUUAUCACAGGAAGAAGCAACCUCGUCUUUUGACUUUACUUUUCCUCUUUAAAAAUUGUUUGACAACCAAUUCUCUCCUUCCUUUUAAUUGCCAUUCAGUUCAGUUGCUACGUUUGAUAUAUUAUGGCAUCAGAAGAAGCAAUUACUCAAGCAUUUGAUGAAGCCAUUGACUGGGUUUUUAAAUCUUCAGAUUUGGUUUCAGAAUAUUUUGAAGGAGAUGAAAAAAAUCAGAUUCUUUCUGAGCUGGGAAAAACGGUGGAAGAACUUUGUGCCACAGAUAAGCAAUUCAAAGUCAGUUGUAAAUGUCUUUCCAAACUGGAAGAAACCGAGGGUCAUUGUACAUAUAAUGAGCUGAAAACAGCAUUGAAAGAAUCACUUGAGAAAAAUAGAGAAAAAGGAAAACUAGACUUCAAGAAACAUGAACGACACGUAGAAUGGAAGGAAAAACUGAAUGCAGCCAUAACAGAGAGUGCUGAGGAUGAAGACUUGGUUUGUACGGAAGCAGAUAUCAACAUCAUUGAUCCUUACACCAAGGCGCUCAUACAAAAUCCUAUCAAAAACAAAUUAUGUGGACACCAUUAUGAAAAAACUAGCAUAUUGUCUCUACUUCAAGUCCAAAAAAAAGCCAUAGUGUGCCCUUAUUCUGGAUGUAGGUCGCGGAAGUUCACAGAAGUUGAUCUCAUUGAAGAUCGGCAGUUGACAAGAAAAGUCCAACAGAAGGUCCAACAAAAGUCAUCUCAAGCUGCAACUUCCUCAAAUGUAUCUGCUCUGAACAUAACAGAAUAGUUCUCAGUUUUUAUUCUCUUAUCCACACUCUCUCAUGGACACAUUUGUACAUGAAAUUAAUAUUGUUUUUUCAUUUUACACUUCAUUUCUUUUCUGUAGUUUUAUACAUCUAAAAAAGAGAGUAGAAAUAAAUUUUUUGCAAGACUGGAGAAUCUGAAAAAACAGUCGGGCCCUGCUAUAAGUAUUUUCUUACAAAUCCGAUCUAGAGAUUCAGGAAUUUUUGUCAGAUUAAAACUGAUUUUCAUAAU